AUGGAGCUUAUUCCCGGUCUUCCACACGAAAUUGGACUCGAAUGUCUAUUUCGUGUUCCAUUAGAUCAAUUCCCUACUCUCGCGUUGGUUUAUCGAACAUGGAAACAAGAAAUUUCCUUGCCCGAGUUUUGGAAGCUUCGAAAAGCCGCCGGUUUUAGCCAACAUAUGGUUGUAAUGGUUCAGGCGCGUUCUCAGCCGAAUAACAAAUAUUUUCGCAGUCCAAUUUAUCGAGUCACGCUAUGUGACCUCAGUACAAAUAUUUGGAGCGAGCUCCCACUGGUCCCAUGGUUUCCCGACGGAUUACCCUUGUUUUGUCAAGUUGUAUCCGUUGGAAUGAACCUAGUGGUGAUGGGAGGUCAGGAUCCAAUGACGUGGAUGGUCUCGAGGGAGGUUUCGAUUUACAACUUCUUGCAUGGAAAGUGGAAACGUGGGACCUCCAUGCCAGGCUGUCAACGGUCUUUCUUCGCAUGCGCGUCUGACGAUGAUAAUUCGGUCUUUGUAGCCGGUGGAUGCGACGACGAUAAUAAGGCGCUUAUGUCAGCCAUGUCGUAUGACGUGGCGAGUGAUUUGUGGGUCACGUUACCCGACAUGGCGAUGAGACGAGCUGAGUGUAAAGGAAUUUUCCACGGAGGAAAAUUCCACGUCAUCGGAGGGUACGACACCGGGAUGCAAGGUAGGUUUGGAAAGAGCGCUGACGUGUACGACGCUUCCACGACAUUUAAGUGGGAACCGGUCGAGAAUGAAUACUUGAAUGACGAGAAAUGCCCUAGAACUUGUUUAAGUGGCGGAGAUAGGAACGUGUACAUGUGUCUAAACAAUGACGUGGCAUACGCGGAGAAUGACACGUAUAAUUGGCGACGUUUAACUCAACUGCCAACUGAAAUUCGAAACACAAUUCAAAUAACCGGAAGACAUAAUAAGUUAUUCGUUAUUGGCUCGUCUGGAUGUGGUGAGCCUCACAAUGCUUACGUGUUUGAUUUGGAGAGUGACAAGUGGAAAUACGUGGAUGCCACGAUGGAAUUCACCGGCCACGUACAAUCAUGUUGUUGGUUGAACAUAUGA